GAGUGGAAGCCUGCGGGAUUACGUUCAAGCAAGUAUGACUACGGACAAAAACUAAAAACCGUCCAGCCUCCUUUUGAACUAGCUUAUCUUAUUGUACACGGAGCACGGGUUAGUCGUUUCGCUCGUUUCUACAUAAACGCAAAGGCUAUUGUUGCUAUAGCCUGAAUGCUAUGAAUCCAGAAUGAAUAGUACAGAGGACAGUGGUAGCAAGUGCCCUAUCUCCAGCUUCACCAUUCAGUCCAUUCUGGGUACCACAUCCGAAGGCGCGCGCAAGGAGAAUUCCAAAGGAGGGUUGCAGAGAAAGCGCACACGAUCGGUGUCAUCCGAGGAGUGUAGCGCAGCAGAAGACACUUCAGACUGCUUCUGCUCAGAGCCCGGAGAUCGGGAACCGUGCAAUCGGCAUGAACCUCUCAACUUUUCUUGCCUGAACUCCACCAAAGGAAUUACGCAAGGGCAAUCUGCUGUAGAAAGGCGGCAGCAUUUGACUCACGCUCUGUUUCAGGACUACAGAGAGGACAGAGAGAGACCGUGUAGCCAAAUAUCAUCUAUUUCUGAGGAAAGGCCACGAGACGGUGAGGACAAACACAAUAACUCGGGCAAGAAGAAGACCCGCACUGUUUUUUCGCGGAGUCAGGUGUACCAGCUCGAGUCCACUUUCGACAUGAAACGCUACUUGAGUAGCUCCGAGCGGGCCUGCCUUGCCUCUAGUCUACAACUGACAGAGACUCAGGUGAAAACCUGGUUCCAAAACCGCCGGAACAAAUGGAAACGACAACUCUCGGCAGAACUGGAAGCAGCGAAUAUGGCACACGCCUCAGCACAGACUCUAGUUGGGAUGCCGCUUGUUUUUCGAGACAAUUCCCUAUUACGGGUUCCAGUUCCUAGGUCUAUUGCUUUCCCAACGCCUUUAUACUACCCAGGCAAUCUGUCAGCUUUACCGCUGUACAAUCUUUAUAACAAGACCGAAUACUAACUUCGUGUAUGGGCUAAAAAUUGAUUAAAAAA